CUCCUCCUCCUCCAUAAAUACAUUCGUCACGAGCAGCAUUGGCCAUUGGGUGCAGUCGAGUAGUUGCCACCUAACCGUGGCGGAGGCGCAGUGCUGUUGCGAGAUGUGGCUGUGAUCGAGCGAGAUAACUAAAAGCCUCCCCACAUAAAUGCAAGGGCGACGAGACGGCAAGCAAGCGGACGCGAACAAACCCCCUUAUUCCAUAGCGAGCGCGAGCAGCGGCGCCGGGAGGACUGCUGCGAUGGGGGGAGACGCCAGCACCAUCGAGGGGGGCCCGCUCCCGCAUCUCGGCGGCCGGCCGGCCUCCCGCGUGCCCGACACCCCGCUGGUGCGCACGGCGGGGGACGCCGCGCGCAUGGUCUGGGACGAGUCCAAGCGCCUCUGGGGCAUCGGGCUGCCCAUCGGCGUGGGCAUGCUGAGCAUGUACGCCAUCAGCUCCAUCACCCAGAUAUUCAUCGGCCACCUCGGCAACCUCCCGCUGGCCGCCGCCUCCAUCGGCCUCUCCGUGUUCGCCACCUUCGCGCUCGGCUUCCUCCUCGGCAUGGGCAGCGCGCUCGAGACGCUCUGCGGCCAGGCCUUCGGCGCCGGCGAGGUCGCCAUGCUCGGCGUCUACCUGCAGCGGUCUUGGAUCAUCCUCGUCGCCGCCUGCGUCGUCAUGACGCCCGUCUUCGUCUUCGCCGAGUCGCUGCUCCUGCUCAUCGGCCAGGACGCCGACGUCGCGCGGGAGUCCGCCAGGUUCGCCACCUACAUCGUCCCCUCCAUCUACGCCAUGGGCAUCAACUUCGCCGCCAGCAAGUUCCUCCAGGCGCAGAGCAAGGUCACCGUACCCGCCUGGAUCGGCUUCGGGGCGCUCCUCGCCUGUGCCCUCCUCAACUACCUGUUCGUCAGCGUGCUCGGCUGGGGCCUCCCCGGCGCCGCCGCCGCCUACGACAUCGCGCACUGGAUCAUCGCGCUCGGCCAGGUCGUCUACAUCAUCGGAUGGUGCAAGGACGGAUGGAAAGGAUGGUCCGUAGCCGCCUUCCACGAAAUCUGGCCAUUCGUCAGGCUCUCCCUCGAGUCCGCCGUCAUGCUCUGCCUCGAGGUAUGGUACAUGAGCCUGAUCACCGUGCUCACCGGCGACCUGGAGGACGCCCAGAUUGCCGUGGACUCACUAGGCAUAUGCAUGAACAUAAACGGAUGGGAGGCCAUGAUCUUCAUCGGCCUCAAUGCCGCUAUCAGUGUCCGAGUCUCCAACGAGCUUGGCUCCGGCCGUCCGAGGGCCGCGUGGAACGCCGUCAUGGUCGUCGUCGGCGAGGCGCUGGUGAUCGGGAUUCUGUGCAUGGCACUCAUCCUCAUCUUCAGAGACAGCUUCUCCAUCAUUUUCACCAGCGACACCACCCUGCAGCGAGCCGUCGCCAGGAUCGCCGGCCUGCUCGGCCUCACCAUGGUGCUCAACAGCGUGCAGCCCGUGGUUUCAGGGGUCGCGGUUGGGGGCGGAUGGCAGGGCCUCGUCGCCUACAUCAACCUCGGCUGCUACUAUAUCUUCGGCCUGCCCCUGGGCUACUUGCUCGGAUACAAGUUCAGCUUUGGAGUUGGGGGGAUUUGGUCCGGCAUGCUUUGUGGUAUCACCCUUCAGACGCUCAUCUUGCUAGGUGUGGUUUGGAGGACAGAUUGGAAAGCAGAGGCCGCACAAGCUUCAGGCCGUGUGCAAAAGUGGGGCGGCAAAGGCACCGAUGAAGUCAAGCCUCUCCUGGAAUAGAAUUAGUGUAGUACUAUCACGCACGAAGCUCGUUUCAUUUGAAUAAACAACUGGGCAAUACGCCUUAUCCCUUUCAGAAGCACAGCUCAUUUGCUUUCCCAUCGAAUCUGAUAGCUUCCCUUUCCCCUCCUCCGUGUAGUUAAAUUGAUGUCUCUGUAUGAACACUGUUUGAGGCGACUAGUAUGAACCCUGUUUGCGGCGACUAGACGUAUUGAACAUACUUUUUUUUUCUUCCAGUUGACUCAGCAUGACUUGAACAGUCUCAAAUUGUGUGUAAAGGAUUUACUCGCUAGCAGUUGGUGUAAUGGUGGCAGGAAUGAUGUUCUUCAGGAUCAGAUGAGACAAGAUAGGACCCCUUAAUUUUAAUUUUAGAGACUCUACUAUGGAGGAAAGGAUGGAGAUACGAGUACACUUAUUUAGGAUUAAUUGUUCUUUUAGUGGUUGACGUGUAAGUGAUUGUGCUAAAUUUUCAAUAUAUACACACACAAUUAUUAUUA